AUGCUGAAAGGAAUGAAAUCGAACGCGGAAGUGGAAGCUUUAGAAAGGAAAGUCAAGGAGCUUGAGGAAAGCUCGAAGAAUGAAGAAAUACAGCGAAAGCGAUUUGAAGAUGAGCUACGAAUGAAAACCGAGCAGUACGAAGAGAGUCGAGCAGCACUGGAACGUGAGCGUAUGCUGAUGGAAAAACGCAACCAGGAAAUCGAAGAGCUGUACAAGUCAUUGAAAGCCGAAACGGACAAAGCUGAAGAGCAGGCCCGAAAGGCAAAGGAGUUGGAAAAGGAAAAAGCGAAGGAGGCGAAGGAAUGGGCCGAAAAGGAGUUGGCGAACAACGAGCUGACGGAUCGACUAAAUAUCUUACAAGAAAAGCAUGACAGAGCUGAGAAUCAAAGAAAACGAUUGCAAGAAGACAUGGAGAGAUUCGAGGAGAAAUACCUCGCAGAAAUGCGACAAAAAGACGACUUUGAAAGAGGAAAGAAGAGAGAUAUCGGUCAACUGAAGACCCGUGCAGCCAACGAUGCAAAUUUGAUCGCAAAACUCAAAGCGAACAUACGCCGACUCAUCGAUCGCAUACAAGAACUAGAAGAAGAUCUGGACUCGGAAAGGAAAUCGAGGUGUAAGGCUGAUCGUCAACGCAUGGAAAUGCAAAAAGACCUGGAAGCUAUUCAAUGCCAGAUGGAGGAAGCCUCUGGUCAACUGACCGCCCAAGUUCACAUCAAUAGGAUUCACGCCGAAGAGUUGGCAAAUUUACAACGUGAAAUCGAAUUGAAAAGUAUGAAUCGCCAAGCGUACAUCGCUGACAUCUGCUCGAUGCAAUACACGACCGCCGCACAUCUGGAAUCGGAGGCAGGCCGUGUCCUUUCCGCUCGUCAUUCGAUACUGAAUCUAACUGGCGUACCGCGCGUCUACUUGGACUCAGCCGGUUCAGAAGACGAAGAAAGCUCCAUU